AUGUCUGACGACGGAUUCGCCAUUCCUGCAGCACCAAAGCGAAAAUCACAAGAGCCAGCACAACCACAAUCACCACCAUCGCCACAACAACAAGACGCGCCUCCACUCCCUUAUAAAAAGCCAGAAUGGAGUGCACUGGCACAGCACGGGUAUGGUUUUGAGGUACUCAAGGGUGGUCUCAGCUUGGACAAGAUUCAUGGUCCACAGAAAGAAUUCGCUACGAUCGGCCGAUUACCACUUUGCGACAUUCAAAUGGAACAUCCUUCAAUAUCUCGAUAUCAUGCAGUGAUACAAUUUAAUCACGAUGGCAACGCAUUUAUCUAUGAUUUGGACAGCGCACACGGAACACGCGUCAAUAAACAACGCAUAGCACCACGAACACAUAUUCCACUACAACCGGGCGAUCAAGUCCGUUUUGGUGAAAGUACGCGAAUUUGCAUUUUCGACACAGACCAGCAGUUGGAUGAAGAAGAAGAAAUUGAAAAGGAAGAAGCUAUUCGUCAUCGGUCGCGGGCAGCCAUGACACAACAUGCGGCAGAAGAAAGGAACAUUGCAGCAGAAGAAGAAGGCAUAUCAUGGGGAUUUCAAGAAGACGCUGUCGAGGAACCAGACGAGGAUGAUGAAGAAGAAGAGGGCGAGCAGAAUCAGGAAGGACCACGAUCGGGUGAUGCAGACUUGAUUGAUGUUGUUAAAGAGAAAAUGAUGUCCGAAGAUGCCAAACGGCGGCGAGAUGAAUUGGAUAUCAUGUACGGUGAUGAAAGUGAUGAAGAGGCGCUCUAUGAUAAAACAGCUCCCAAGAAGAAAAAAGCAAAGACGACAAACAAGGCCGAGACAUAUCAAGACUUGGUAAAUCGCAAAAAGGAAUCGGAUAAGGAGAUCACGGCACUGGAGGCCGAUUUGAAACUGCGGAAAAAAGAAGUUGAAGACGGAAAGAGCAAAGAAAAGGCGGAUGACGAGGAUCUGGAUGCGUACAUGAAGAGCUUGUCAAAGAAAUCCGAAAACAAGCCAUCCGUGUAUAAGCUUGAAAGUGAUUUGAAGAAACUACGCAAGGUACAGUAG